GUUCGGAGGCACAUCAAAAACUGCUAGUGAUAGACAAACGAAAGUAGAGAUUGCAAAGCCGUUUUUUGUUUGCGCGAUGUUUGACAGUCCACUUAAAUAAACCUGAAGAAUUCAUCAUUGUUCAACAGUCGAUCUCUAGGGAAAGUAAGUAAGUAGCAACUACGGGCGUAGAAGCGAAAAGGAGUAGUGCUGCAGUGCGAGGAGCGCGGCAUCGGCAAAGUCGCCGUCGCCGUGCUGCUCUGCUGCGCAAGAUUAUAGGCACGUCUCCGUGCACAAAGUAUCAUGCUGUGGUACGAGUUUUUUACUUCGCAACGUAACUUGAUGACCUUCUCGACGCGCUUCGGGUUGUAGUGACUUUCCGACCGACACCUCCGAAGUUUUUUUUUGAUACUAACUUGCCGAAAAGAUUAUACCAACUCGUUGUACAUCUGAAAUCUAUACCAGAAGGACAAAAUGCACAUUAAGCAGGUGCAGAUAAAGGGCUUCAAGUCCUACGCCACGGAGGUAACCGUGGGUCCGUUCGACACCCAGUUUAACGCGAUCACCGGGCUGAAUGGCACCGGGAAGAGCAACAUUCUGGACUCCAUCUGCUUCGUGCUGGGGAUCACGACGCUGAGCGCCGUGCGCGCGUCCAAGCUGGAGGAGCUGGUUUACAAGCAGGGGCAGGCGGGCGUGACCAAGUGUCAGGUGACGAUAUGGUUCGACAACACCAACAAGGCGACGAGCCCCGUGGGUUACGAGAAACACAACGAGAUUUCGGUGAUUAUGGCGGUGCUGAAACGCUACAUUCUCAACUGUUACGUGAAUUCGUGACGCAAGAAUAGCAAAAGUGAAAGGGAUGGCUUUGCGCUUCUUGCAUUUUUACAACGUUCCUGACACGGAUUGUUCGAAUGCUAAAUUUAGUGUGUGAAGAUGAAGUUGUGAUGCGAAGGAGCUUGGUCGUGUAAACUGUGAUGGUGAUCUUGCAUGACAAAUCACGUAACAGUUGAGAGCGUAGCGUUUGGGCAUCCCAUAGUGAGCCGGCUGAUAGUGAUCGGGGGGAAGAACAAAUACCUGAUCAACAACAAAAACGUGCAUAUCAUACAGAAAAAAGCAGGCAGGGCAUGUUUGUAAAUGCAAAAAAUAUCAACUGCGCAGAAAAAUCUGUCACAAGCGAGCCCAUAGAACGCGGCUUCGGGUACACAAAGCAGACACUUUUGUGUUGUAGUUAUUUUUGCAGUAGAUAUAUGUCCUGCGUGCUUUUUUCUGUGGGAUAGUGCAGCAUCAGCAGGUGGCCAACAUGUUCCACAGCGUGCAGCUGAACGUGAACAACCCCCACUUUCUGAUCAUGCAGGGGAAAAUCACCAAGGUAAUCAACAUGAAGGCGAAGGAAACGCUGUUAUCACACAGAAAAAAACUGGCAGGUCAUAUUUGUAAUGCAAAAAUAAGCACACAAGAAAACUUGUAUUGCAUACCCGGAAUAGCAUGCUACGAGGUCGCCCAUGACAGAUUUUUGUGUGUAUUCAUUUUUGCAUUACAAAUAUGCCCUGCCAGCUUUUUUCUGUGGGAUAGCUGUCAAUGAUUGAGGAAGCCGCGGGCACGAAGAUGUACGAGAUGAAGCGGGCAGCCGCACAGAGACGGCUGGAGCAGCGGGCUUCCAAGAUGGAGGAGAUUCAGCGCAUACUCUCCAAUGAAAUCGAACCGACGAUCAACAAACUGGAGAAGUAGGAAAGGGAAAAGCGCAGCAGCCUCGCGUCGACCCCCAGAACUGGGAAAUAGUUCUCAUGCAAAGUAGAUACCAAUGUGGUUGGAGAGCUUUAUUCUCGUGUAAAAGGACUUUCAGUCAUCUUGCUGAGCCAACGUGUCGGCGUUCAUCACAGCAUGUGUUGUUAUUCGACAAACUCUGCGACUACUCCGUUUUUUUUGCAUAGCAUAUCGCAUGAAAGAUUUGUGUUGCUUGAAUUUUGGUAAUGCAAGAUGGAGAAACGUUAACGUUCUAGUGGGAUGGGACUUGUGCCAGUUCUGGUGGCGGGGCGCUUUUCAUUUUGAUAAGAAGGAGAAAGAGGCCUACAUGGAGUGGUCUCGGUGUAGCUCCGAGCUUACCACCAUAAGCAAGUUCGUGAUCGCACUAUCAAAUGCAACUAAGUAUGGGUCCUCUGGAAGAUUUUUGGGAAUUUUCCAUAUUGAUCGUACAUGUUCAUCCGCGAUGUCUGUGAUGCAUUCAUUCUCUAGUGUCACAGCUUUUGCGAAGGCUGCGUCAUGCCUAUCCUGCACGAAAUUCGCCCUCUCGUCCGGGUGGCAAAGGUCUGAGCUCGUCCGGGAUACACGAUCGAAUAAAAAAGUUAGCAUCUUCACUUUCCAGACCUAGCCAUAUUUGCAUUGGAUACGCACACGAUUACUACGAGUUCACCAAGCAGUCGGAGGAGAAGGCGCAAGCGGUGAUUGACGCCAAACAAGGGGAAAGCGACCUGAUCGUGGCAAACGAAGAGCUGAAAAGAAACGUUGAGGACUGGUAUGCAAUCGAAAAUUUUGUUUUCCCCCAGCACGUCAAGGAUCAUGAAAAAAAAGCGAACUCCAUUUUUUUAUUGAUUUCUGCAUCAUGAUUUGACGAUGUUAAUGUUCGUGUCCGGUCAAGGUGCAGAUUUCUCGUAGUAAGUUGCAAGCAGUAGGAGCUUCAGAAAACGUGGAAAGUAUGUUGCACGAGAACUACCGAAGUAAACUUUACUUCGGUAGUUCUCGUGCACUAUCCUGCAAGGAGGUGGAGAAAAAGAAAUUUUGAUUGCAUAAGUGGGAAUUGCAACUGAAAGAGAAGGAGCAGGAGGACGCGGCGACGGAAAGCAACGCGGAAAAGAGAGUAGCCAAGACGCGAAAAACCGAGCUGCAAGCGCAGAACACCAGUCGCGAGAAGAAGAUAAAAGGCACCAACAAAGCCCUGGAGGAAAGCAUGAAGAGCGGCCAGGACGCGACAAAGCAGCUCGAGGACGCCCAGGUGAGAAUCGACUUCAGACUUGUCUCUUGCGGAUAACUUGACACUUGUAAGUAGUGCCCUGACACCAGUUCUUACUCGCUCACUUAGAAGAGCGAGCACGCAUCUUGAAGAUUUCUCUCUUUUUCAGUAUCGCUGGUACCUCUGUCUCCUGCUGCCCUAUUGCGUAGGGACGGAACUACUCAGGAUUUUUUCUUAUCUUCUACUUUCUUGCGAAGGAACGAAUAGCGCAUGGGUAACAUCAUCAUCAUCAACGAAUAAAGAUUUUCCGUAAUCAAAACCAACGUCGCAGGCUGCCGUGGACAAAGCAAAAGCAGAUUGGGACAAGGCAAAAGCCGACGCCGAGCAGGCCCGGGAGCAGUCGGAGACUUUCACGAAAGAAAUCGACGAACUGAAGAAAAAGAUGCAGCAGCUGGAGGCGGGCGUGUCCGCCAACGCGGAUAGCGGGGAAACGCUGCAGCAACAGAUUUUGGACACCCAAAAGCUGGUCAUGGAGUUGCAGACGGAGGCCAAGAAAGCGAGAGCCAACCAGGCUGCGGCGGAAAAGGAGAUUCCAAUAUCAAAUGGAACAAUGUCUGGGUCUGGAAGGAUGCAACUUGUGAUGCUGAAUUUGGAUUCUACAAAAAUCUGUAUUGCGUGAACAGCAAAAGAGGUUCAGUUUCUGCCACGGCGAGAGGGCAUUUCUCGUGCGGUGUGGGCAUCAGCAAGCCCUCACAAAAUCUGUGAUGCUAGAGCAUGCGUCACAGACUUCAGGAGUCAUGCGAAGUGUGCAUGACAAACCUUGCAUCCCUCCAGACCCAGACAUUUUUGCAUUUGAUAUCCGAACGUGGAAAACCAAAUGAAAAAAUGGAAGAUGUGAGAGUGCACAACUCCCCCUCCCCCUCAUUUGUCAUGCAAAAUACCAAGUCCACUCCUUGCACUUUGGGAAUGUUAGCGUGACGACUUCUGGUAGCCCAAAUAGCACUACACUACAGUGUAAAUUUGUCAUGCAAAACCGGCACUCUUGCUCUUGCUUGUUAUGCCGUUCAUGCUAUACAAAUGAGGGGGAGGGGGAAUUGUGCACUGUCAUAAAAGAAGCAAUUGAGUCAAGAGCUGGAUGAGCUGAAGAUAAGAGAAGCAGAGGCUGAAGCGGUGAAACAAAAACUGCAAAAGUACGACGGGACUCCGGACAAGUAUAGAUUAUGUUCGUAAUACAUGUUUUAGUUUUUGCCACUACCAGAUGCAAAGGAAGCGCUUCGGGUGGGUAUGUAUCACGACAUCAGGAGGAGCAAACAUUUUUUGGUUGGGUCGGGUCUGCAUGUGCCUAGAGGUCGUGCGCAUAGGUAUUUUGCAAAAAAAAAUGUGCGUUCUGCUUUGCAUUAUAGUGAUCCGCCGCCCCGUGGCCGUUUGUGGACGGCCCUCCUCGUCAUGUUUCGCGGCCGUUUUGAUGCUGCAGAUCUGGGUGUAGAAUUAUCGUGCUUGUUGUGAUUCAAAGGGACUUCUAAAGUACUAUGUAACUCCCAAACUCCUGGCAGGAUCGCGCAGGAAUAUCAGCGGCUGAGGGAGCUGAAAAACGAGCUGUCGAAGCUGGAGGAGGUAUCACACAGAAAAAAGCUGGCAGGGCAUAUUUGUAAUGCAAAAAUAAAUACACGCAAAAACUUGCCAUGGGUGGCCCCAUAGUUAGCAUGCUGCUUCCGAUAUGCAAGACAGGUUUUUUUGUGUAUUUAUUUUUGCAUUACAAAUGUGCCCUGCCAGCUUUUUUCUGUGUGAUAGGAGGCGAAAACCAAGGUGGAGCAGAACAGCUCCGUGUCUUAUGCGGCCCUACAAUCCAGACUGGAAAAAUACAAUUUCAUCCACUCUCGGAAGAAAUGGCUGGAGCGGUACCCACCCAACGCGCCGCGAAAUUGGGACCCGAGCAAGGCGGUCCAGGGGUCGCUGGCCUCGCUCAUCGAGAUCAAGCCGGAUUACGCAGAGUACUUCCAUGCGUUGGAGGUCGCCGGGGGCGGCGGUCUGUUUCGCAUCGUCACGGACACGACGGCUACCGCGAAGCUGAUGUGCCAGAAGGGGGUGACUGCCGGGCGAGAGACCUACUUGCCACUGGAUCACACGACGGGGCAGGGGAUUUCCCGGCAAAAGGUGGACCGGGCCCGACAAAUCGCAAACGCACUCCGACCGGGGGCGACCGUGCUGCGAGCCGUUGAUGCCAUUCGUGCCCCCCCGCAACUGCAGCAAGCGGUGGAGAACGUCUUCGGACCAUACUUGCUUGUCGACAGUAGGGAUGUAGCCCAAAAAAUCUGUUUCGACCCCAGCGUGAGAACUGCGGUGGUCACCAAGGUAUGAAGAUUUUUUUUUCGCAUGAGAGCACAUACACUCAUUGGAAGAUGAAUGUGUAGUUGAGAGGACUGCAAAUUAAUCAUACCUGCUGGCGUCGAUGGAGUAUAAAGUUGCAAACAGGACGAUGAACACCUUCCUGAACUACACUACAGGACGGAGAUUCGUACAAUCCAAGUGGGACGAUGGCGGGCGGUUUAUCAAAUGCGGAUAUGUCUGGGUCUGGAAAGAUGCAGAUGUUUGUCAUGCAGAAUUUUCAUGUCCCGUGAUGCCAGGAAUAGGAAUACAGGGUCUAACAUCACACGUUCAGCAGGAUGCUUUGUGCGAUGUUUAUCCUGCAUACAUGGCCCAAAAUGGGUAUUUUUCCUCGUCUUGCCCGAUAGAUUUUGCGGGACGGGCACCGAGUUUUACUUCCAGACCCAGACAUACUUGCCUUUGAUGCGGCUCGAAGGACAACAAUAAGCUAGAGAACAGCUCUCCGGCCGUUUUUUUUUUCUAGAAAAAGUCAUGCUCGAGGAAAGGAAGGCACCCGCACCAGCAAGGAAGUUUCGCGACAUUAUGACUUUUUGUGUCGAGGUAAUGUGGCAUGUCACGUCCUUAGCUUCCCUACGAGCAGAAGGAGACCGCAACGACAUCGCUCAGUUAGCAGAACUGAAUACGUCUUUCGGAUGGUUGCACAGAGCGUAGUCUUCGGCACACACGGCAUGAACGAAAAUAACCAAAGAACUCACGUUCUUUUUCAUCUUGAAACGGCAGAGGGGAUCUUCUUGCAUUGCAUAAAGAACAGUGGCCAUUUCAAAGUGUACAAGACACAGUGGCAGCCUAAGGAAGCGUCUACAGAGGGGAAUUUUUUUUGCAAACUGGAGAUAAUGAAACGCCGUGCUGAUCUGUAUGACUCUGCGAGACUCGUAGCGAUUCUCUUUUAGUAAGCCAAAUCGUGAUGUACUGAAGUACAAACGUUGGUAUACAGCAAAAAUAAAAGCUAAGCAUUCUAUUUGUGGUCUCUUUGGAGAACGCAACUCGCAGCUAGAUAGCAUCCCUAUACUUCAUGUACCGAAAAAUGCAUGGUAUCGUAAUUGUUUAGUUUGCGCGAAAAAUUCCAACGCGUGAGAAUGUCAUACCCUCCCUGGCGAAGAAACAUCACGAGUGCUCUGCCGAGAAGAAGAAAAGCGAGGAAAAGCUCGCGGAAUUAAAACAUUAUGAGAGUGCACUAGCCCCUUUCUCCCUCAUUUGCCAUGCAAAGCGCCACGCCUGCGUGAAACUGUAACUGCAGCAGCGCAGGAGCAGGUCCUCCACUCCUUUUCUCAUGCAGAGCACGACCAAAUGAAUAUCAUUAUCAUCUUCUUUUCUCGUUGUCCCAGAAAGUAGCCAACAAAGAAAUCUCUUGGUAUGCGGAACAUUGGCGCACAGCACGGCCGUUUAUGCCAUGCAGCAGCUACGUUUGUGGUGGAGGUCUUCGUUUUGUUCAACUCUCUGCUGUACAGGCCUUUGAAAGAGGGUUAGAAGGAGUUUUGCACCCGCAUAAGACGAUGGACCACAAGGAGAUCCAACCGCAUAUCGCAGAGAAAAACUUACGGCAUCACGGGAGUCCUCGCACGGGAGCAGCAACGAGGUUGUCGUCCUUGGUUUUGCCCGCUUGGUGCAAAAUAAAGAGGUACAGCCUCAAGUUCGCGUGUAAAUGUGCAAACGCUUGCAUGAUAGAAAACGGCGAUCUAAUUUGCAUUAUUUGUGGAACGCCGCGCGCCCACCGUUAUGCAAAUGGUUUUUCGCUGGAUAUCCCUGUUACUGGAGCUGCAAGGCAUCCACGAGAAGAUAGAGAAUUGGAAGAAAAUAUCAACUGAAGAAGCGCCCGCAUAGCAUGAGUAGUUUGAGCAGCAGCUACGGUAUAGAUAUAAUACAAGUUCUUCUUGUGGUUGGCGCAUCGAAAGCCAGCGCCGUCGGAAAAUCUUCGAGGAAGCUGCGCAUCCUAGGAUGUCCCUUCUUUAAUAUGCCGCUGCUUUUUUGUAAUGUCGCUUUAGAACUAUGGUAUGCGGGUGAUUUUCAACUUGAUACAGACUAAACGGAGAAUCGCAUGCCGCUCAGUGUAGGGAGCGUUUGGAAGGUAAGAAGCCUGAUUUGAUGAAUGGAAUUUCGAAGGGAGUUUGACGCACGAAUCCGUUUUCUAGCAUCAAUCGCUCUGUGCGUUGGAAGAUCUUCCUGUCAUGAAUAGGAAAGCCAAUAAAUGCUCACGAAAAACACAAAAAACUGAAUAAACCAGGCCUGAAAGCCGAGCGGGACACAGCAGUUGCGAUUUUGGAAAAGUUUCCCGCCCGGCAGGAAGCCCUCCAAUCGAAGUUGCAAAACUUGGAGACCGAACAGAGGGAUCUGCACGCCGGACGCGACGAGCGGAAAGCGAGCUACGAAAAACAGGUGGCAGAAUUGGACAAGAAGCGGAAGCCGCUCGACAAGGUGUCGAAGCAGAAGGAUAGUGAGUGCGUCACGCUCGAAGGUACAUACGAGUCGAAGGUGGAACAGCUCGAAAGUGUCCAAAAGAACGCGGGUCGCAAGGAGGCGGAGCUCGAAAAAAUGCGAGCCGAAAUCAAAGAAAUGCAGGAGAAGACGGAGGAAGCGAACAAGGAGCUCGAAGCGCUGGAGGCCAAGCUGCAGGAGUGGGCCGACUUCGCGAAAGAGGUGCAGGCCGAGAUUAAGGAGCUUCUGAAGAAUAUCAAGGACGGAAAAAAAAAGCGGAGUACUAACGACCAGAAAAUCUACGAACUGAGGCUGAGGGUAAGUAAGUUUACUGAGGCUGCAGGUCGUUUCGCGCAUUCUAUUUUUUACAUUACCUCGCACACAAUGAUGAAUGUCUGUUGAUCAAAAGUUGAAGUUCUCUUGGUCUGUGCGCUCAACUAAGAAACAAUCGGAAUACUUCAGUUCGUAUCGAAUGCGAAUGUGUCUGGGUCUGGAAGAUUGGAGGAGUUUGGUUGGUUGGUUGGUUGGAUAGCGCCUGUUGCCGGUGCAGGUCCCGCCCUCCAUCGAUUGCGAUCCGGAGUAGCCGGAACACAGGGCCCUAGUGGCGCAAUCGAUCGACGAAGCGCUUUUUGACGAGUUUGCAGCCGAGCAGGCUUUACAUGGCCGGCGAUGUCAGUCAUGCAUGCUCUUGCAUCGCGCGCGUUUCAUCGCGAAGGCGUGAUCAUGCCUAUCCUGGAUGAGAAAUCAAUGCCCCCUUCGGGUGGCAAAAGUCUGGAUUCGUUGUAUCUUUCGCUGCCCAUUCAAUACGGGUUUUCGCACCAUCGGAAGCUAACGUCACGAACUCCGCCAAUCUUUCCAGACCAAGACAUUUGCCAUGCAUAGUUCGAUCGGAUGGAGAUGGAUGCGAAGAAUAUGAAGCACUACGUGGCCAAGAUGAAGAAGCAGCACACCUGGUUUAUGCAAGGCGUUGCAAUUAUGAUCUCAACUGUCACAAUCAAAACGGACAUUUUUGCUGAUGCAAGGAGUACGCAAUCUGGGUCUGGGCUACUCUCAGAGGAAUUAGACGCAUGACGGCUUCUGGAGUUGUCCCAGUCUGCAUCAUAAUUAUCCGGGGAAAUUUGUAUAUCCAAAAAGUAGUGCGCCCGGUGGUCUGUCUCUGUCGUGCAAGAUUCUGAAUCCAGAUUUUUCCAUUGUAACGUGUGAGAUUGUAACACCUGAGCCGGGUUAUAUGGUUGAAGAAAGACGAGCAUAAAUUCAACGAGCCCAACGGGGACUACGACUUCGAGAAUAAAGAUAUUAAAGCGAUCAGACGCAAGCAAAACGAGCUCGAGGAAAGCAUCCGGUCGCUCGGGAAAAACAUCAACAAAAAGGUCCUGCAGCAGCACGAACAGGCCGAGGACGCGUACUUGUUAAUUAGUAUGAUGCUUCAAUACAUUAGAUAGAUCGAUAAAACUUUUCUGUUUAGAAAGGGCACAGGCAAGCGAUAGCAUAUAAAUUCAAAAAUUGGAGUGGGUCCUCGUUCAACGUCCUCAGGAACCUCUCACCAGAAUAUAUAAGAACCGGGCAGACGCUAAAAACAAAUAACAAGCUUCAUCGCGCCUUCUUCACAUAAUUCGCAGGUUUAAAGAUUUGCAGGAGAAGCGUGCACAACUGGAGGAAGACAAACUGACGAUUGACACGCUGUGCCGGAAGCUGGACAAGAAGAAGGAGCAGGCCGUGCGGCACUGCCACGAGUUCGUGACCGACAUUUUCGGCAAAAUCUUCAGCACGGUGCUCCCGGGGGCGGAUGCGAAGCUGGCUAUCCCGGAGGGCAUGACGGAACAGGAGGGCCUGGAGAUCCGGGUUGCCUUCGGGGGCGUGUGGAAGAAGAGUUUGAUCGAGCUCUCGGGCGGGCAGCGGUCGCUGCUGUCCCUGUCUCUCAUCCUCGCACUGCUGCGGUACAAGCCCGCCCCGGUCUACAUCUUGGACGAGGUGGACGCGGCGUUGGACAUGAGCCACACGCAGAACAUCGGAAAAAUGAUCAAGGAGCAGUUUCCGGAUUCCCAGUUCAUCAUCGUGUCGCUGAAGGAAGGGAUGUUCACCAACGCGAAUGUUCUCUUCCGCACCAAGUUUGUCGGCGGCGUCUCCCAGGUGGACCGAGAAGAAGGCGGGGCCGUGCAAGAGAAGAGGAAAAAAGAAGAGCAAAGACGCCGGGCAGCACUCGCAGCGGAGCAAGAAGAGGCGGAAGAGGAUAUCACACAGAAACUUCGACUUCUAGCCGAUGACUUUUAUGCCAGGUUCGUUACAUACAGUUUGCAUUGAUGUUGAAGACAUGUGAAGAUGCGGAUUCUUGUUCGCAGAUUUUGUUAUGCACAUGUCAUCAGGUUGUAGUGCGCUUUGGGAUGGGAGUAAGGCGUACUGCAUUUGGAUAGGGAGUUUUCAGAUUGAUCAUGCUAGCGUGUUUCUAUGUGAUAAGUGAGGAGGAAGAGGAGGACGAGGAGCUGGACGCGCAAGAUGCCGGCCCGGACAAAAAGAAGCAGAAAACCUCUAUUGCGGAGAGCAAGGCGAAGCGAAAUAGUGCCGAAGGCGCGGGCGGAGGCGAUCACAAGGCCAAGCGGGCGAAGGUCUGAGGUGGUCAGCACUAUCGGAGUCCAAAGAAAACGAUGCUAUUCCUGUCGCGCUUUUACAGAUGAAACUUUUACUUUUCACAAAAUCAGCAAAAUAUCGACAAUUCUAUUUAAGCUUGAGCAGAACUCUAGAAUGCAGAACCGAUCAUCGGGCGGUUCACCAAAAUUCAAAGAGCUAAGGGUACGAGCGGAUACGGAUUUUUAUCGAAUUUACGAGCUGCACAAUCCACAAAGCUGGAUGAAGUGCUCAGAUUGAAAAGCUGAGAAGCUGCUGAGUUGCAGAAGAGUUGUAGCCGCUGCUUCUCCUGGUGUAUUCUUUUGUUGCUGCUCAGAUCCGGUGUUCAUCCGUGGGCAUACAGCGUUUUGUGUUUCCGGAGGAUUUCAAGACAACUGCAGCAUCUAACUGUGUCGGUUUCAGAUGGUUGGUUUGUCGAUCAUGUUUUUUAGAACCACGAGAAUGGCUGGGAGCGAAUCUCUUGUGAAAAAUGCUGUGAACUGGAGCGGGUAGAUGCAAAAUUGAAAAGUUGCCUUGAGUUUGUUGGAGUUCUUCCGGAUGAUCGGCAGGCCAGUGGCGAAAUAAUAUGUAAUUGCC